CCGACCUUACACACGGCACUGUCGCCUCUUCUUCCCUCGAAGCGGAACUGUCUUCUGUCUCUUCGCCUCGAUGGGGUGUUUAAUCACGUCGCCUUCCGAGUCAUCCCCGCUCAAUCUCACGCGAGGGAACCCCUACUCGAGCUAUCGAAACGUCAGCAAUCGCAAUCAGCCCACAAUGUUCGGGGGCCUCCUAUUUGGGUUCCGGUCACUUGGCUUUAGUAAUGGCUUCAGCGUCGCGGGAUUUCAUCUACAUUUUCUCUCCGACGAUUGCAAUGCGGGCGGACAUGUUACCAGGUUGGAGGCAUGGGACGCGAAGCUCUCGGCGGCGGUGAUCAAGGAGUAUCGGGUUAGGAUACACCAGGAGGAGUCCCAUGAGGUCCCGAUUGGUGACCGGGCGAUAAAAGUAAAUACGCGCUGCUGAGGGAUAAUGAGUUCUUUGAGUCUUGACUUCCGAUAAAGUACUGAUGCGUCUCAAACUGGUCGGUCAUCCUCGCAAUCUCUGUUGACUCGAACCACUUGCGGAAGCUAAUACCCGUGGCUCUAGUACUGCUAUUCAUCCGCCGUUUCGCCUGUUACCAUCCCUUCGCCACCACCGCGUUGGACAUGACACAACAUUAUCACCUUCAGCCGAUAUAUACGUUACACAUAUACGCGGCCACAGGGGUGAUCUAGCUGAUCCAAGCGCACCCCGCCAUGCUGAAAUCAUGCACAGGAUCCCCGACAGAAUCUCCAAAAUACCAUGCGUCCUGCCGCAUCGUGGCGAUUCUCACGAUGACAUUCUUCAGCCAGCGAGUGGGGCACCUCCAGCGGUGACGUCGGGACAUUAUUAAUCGUCUCCAAAGAUUUUCCUCAAAACUUCCCUCCCC